AUGGGAGGCGUUGCCCUGGACGACGGUGGUGGAGGCGGGGUGAAGGCCCCGGACGGGGGCUGGGGGUGGGCAGUCCUGUUUGGUUGCUUCAUCAUCACAGGUUUCUCCUACGCCUUUCCAAAAGCUGUCAGUGUGUUCUUCAAGGAGCUGAUCCGAGAGUUUGAGGUCGGCUACAGCGACACCGCGUGGAUCUCCUCCAUUCUGCUGGCUAUGCUUUACGGCACAGGCCCUCUAUGCAGCAUCUUGGUCAAUCGUUUUGGCUGUCGGCCGGUGAUGAUGGUGGGGGGCAUCUUUGCGUCUCUGGGAAUGAUCCUGGCGUCGUUUGCCACCAGCAUCACCCACAUCUACCUCUGCACAGGGGUCAUCACAGGUCUCGGCAUGGCCCUUAAUUUCCAGCCCUCCCUCAUCAUGCUGAAUCGGUACUUCAGUGAGAAGCGUCCGCUGGCCAACGGCCUGGCGGCAGCCGGCAGCCCCGUGGCCUUGUGUUGCCUGUCCCCGCUGGGCCAGGUCCUUCAGCACGCCUACGGCUGGAGAGGGGGCUUCCUCAUCCUGGGCGGGAUGCUGCUGAACUGCUGCGCCUGUGGGGCUUUAAUGAGACCCCUGGUGCCUCCGAAAAAAAACAAACAGACCUCUGGGAUUGAGGAGGCCAAAGAAGGGCCAGCAGAAAAGAAGCCCAAAGCCAAGCUGCUGGAUUUCAGCGUGUUCAAGGACCGCGGCUUCCUCAUUUACACGGUGGCAGCGUCUGUGAUGGUGCUGGGCCUGUUCGUGCCACCCGUGUUUGUAGUGAAUUACGCCAAGGAGCUGGGAAACGAGGACACCAAGUCCGCCCUGCUGCUUACCAUCCUGGGCUUCAUCGACAUCUUCGCCCGACCUACGUGCGGGAUCAUCGCCGGUCUAAAGUGGGUGCGUCCCCGCUGUGUCUACCUCUUCAGCUUUGCCCUCGUGUUCAACGGCACGACCGACAUCAUUGGCUCCCUGUCUAAGGACUACGCCUCCCUGGUGGUCUUCUGCAUUUUCUUCGGGGUCUCCUACGGCAUGGUGGGUGCCCUGCAGUUUGAGGUCCUCAUGGCCGUGGUGGGCACAGAGAAGUUCUCCAGCGCCAUUGGCCUGGUGCUGCUCGUGGAGGCCGCUGCCGUACUGGUCGGUCCUCCGUCAGCAGGCCGUCUUCUGGAUGCCACUAAGAAUUACAUGUUUGUGUUCUUACUGGCUGGGAGUGAAGUGGUGCUGUCUGCUCUGGUGUUGGCCACGUGCAACUUCUUCUGCAUCAAGAAAGAGCCGCAGGAACCCAAAGCUGAGGCGGAGGCCAUAGAGCCUGCAGCGGAGAUGGGGGAGAUCAGGGGUGAGGCCCAAAAGGCAAACGGCGACUCAGCGAAACCGACGGACUUGGGGGACUUGCGACCAGACAGUGUAAUGGUGGACCCCACAGCGGUAGAAACAUUCCUGAAAGAAGGACCAGAGCAGAACGGUGAUGUCAUCUCCAGUCCUGAGACCUGUUUGUGA